ACAAAAAUAAUAAAAAACACUAAUAUAACUUUAUUCUUUGCAACUACUGACAACAGCUGUUUGACAAUAAUAUUCGCCAUGAUGUAUCUCAAAUAGAUUUAAAACACGGUCGGACGUUUCUUAAGUUUUGACAUUAGUAAAAGCAUAUACAGACGCUCCGAUUUGGUUGGUGCCAACCAUCCGACCACGACCAAAUCGGAAAGUGAAGAGAGCGGUCGGUCCGACAUAAUUAUUAUUAAUAUUGGUUUGACGUGGUCGGAUGUGCCGGCGAUCCCGACCAAAACAACUUCCUAUCCGAUCCAACCAAAUUGGAACGUUUGGAAGCUUUGUUCCGACCAAAUCGGCUCAUUCCAUAGAGAAUUAUAGGUAAUUGACUCAUUCGCAUUCGCAACGCCGCCGGUGUACGUUAACAUGAACGCCGAGGGAGUUUCAGUCACCGAGCGUGAUAUAAUAAUAAAAUUACUGGAACUAUAUAAAGACUUUCCCUGUUUGUGGGAUUUAACUAACAAAGAUUACGCAAAUAGAGAUGCUCGAAACCAAGCGUAUUUUAUUAUGUUAGAAGUAUUAAAAAAAAUUGACAGUGGGGCUACAUUAAAAACCUUAAAAAAUAAGUUGGACAAUAUGCGUACAUCCUAUAGGAGGGAGCGAAAAAAGGUGGAAGCUAGCAAGACUAGUGGCGCUGGAAGCGAUGAGGUGCAUACGCCAUCAUUAUGGUACUAUGAACACCUCUUAUUCUUGGAUGAAAAAAUCACGCCGAUGACAGAGGUCAUUGAUAAUAUGGAGACGAAUUCUUCCCAGUCACAUAAUGAUGAGGAACCUGCAACAAAAAGAGAACGCGUUACGAGAAGAAAGCAAAAUGACAUUUUAAAGAAACAGUCGGAAUUACUAGAGUCUGCUAAAAUAUUAAUAUCUGGCGACGGCACAUCAGCUGAUGCUUUCGGGAACUCCGUGAGUUCUCAGCUCAAGGAGCUCCCAAAAGUACAAAGAUGCCUUGCCGAAAAAUUAAUAGGAGAAACAUUGUUCUAUGCAAAACUAGGAGUCCUUACUUUUGAAACAUCAAUAAAUGUAAAAAGAAGAUCAGUACAAUAUUUAGGUCAGGGGUACGCGUACCAGCAGCAGGUGCCACAAACAUAUGCACCAUCACCAACACCAUCACCUCAGCAUCACCAGCCGUCACCAUAUAAACCAUCACCAUCACCACAGCAUCACCAGCCGUCACCAUUUGCACCAUCACCAUCACCAUCACCACAGCAUCACCAGCCGUCGCCAUAUGCACCAUCACCAUCACCAUUACCACAGCAUCACCAGCCGUCACCAUAUGCACCAUCACCAUCACCACAGCAUCACCAGCCGUCACCAUUUGCACCAUCACCAUCACCAUCACCACAGCAUCACCAGCCGUCGCCAUAUGCACCAUCACCAUCACCAUUACCACAGCAUCACCAGCCGUCACCAUUUGCACCAUCACCAUCACCAUCACCUCAGCAUCACCAGCCGUCACCAAUUGCACCAUCACCAUCACCAUCACCUCAGCAUCACCAGCCGUCACCAAUUGCACCAUCACCAUCACCAUCCCCACAGCAUCGUCAGCCAUCACCAUCACAUAAGCAAACCAUGGACAAUCUGUUAAGCGACCUUGUUGCAGAACCAACAGGGGAAUUCAAUAACUUUGUGCUAAACGUCCGUCUUCUCCAGCCACCAGUUAUUCUUAUCCAUCACCAUUACCAAAUCAUUUGCUCUACUUAUAAAGAAGAGCGUAAGAAGAUCGCUGAUUCAAAAAAAUCAGGAGCAGGAACCCAAGAAGUGUAAAAACCAAAACUAUGGUAUUAUUCUAUGUUGCUGUUUUUGGAUGACCAAGAAGAACCAAGACGUUCACGCUCUAAUAUGGACGACGAAUCAACAGACAACGAGGAAAUUGAAAGUGAAGCAUCUCCAGCCGCCCAGUCAACUCCACAAUCACCUCCAGCCACGCAGUCAACUCCACAGUCACCUUCAGCCACACAAACAACUUCACAGUCACAGAGUCACAGUCAAAGUCAGUUUAAUAGGAGUCGGCCAAAAAAGAAUGCAAAUGAAAACCUAACUACUGAAGUUUUACAGACUGUUAAAAACCAUUUCAAAAGGCCUGCAAUUACUAAUGAUCGAUUUGAUAUUUAUGGAGCAAACGUCGCAGCUAAGCUGAGAGACCUUACAAAACAUCAACGUAUUUUGGCCGAAAAAAUAAUUAACGAAACAUUAUUUCUGGCAGAGAUGGAAAAUUUGACUAUUUCACACCAAGUGAUGGAUUCAACCAGUGUGCGUUUUAAUAAUUAUGGUUACAACGUUCCCAGCCCCGCUGCACAUACUCCCAGCCCUGUUGGAAACAAUCCUAGCUCAGUACCGUAUCAGAAUUCAAAUUAUGAUUACCAAACACAUCCAGGCUCCCUGCAGUCAAUUCUCCAAACCCCAAUAAUGCAAACUUCUCAACAAGAUCAGUCCCAACAAAUGCAAAAUACAGCGGCUACUUUUUUGUCUAAUUUUACUUAAUGUUAAACCAUCAUUAUAAGUACAAAUUAAUAAACAUUACAUACUAAGUAAUUAGUAGUUUUUUAUUUCUUACCUUAAAAUAGUCUUUGCGGAGAACCUUAUAUAUUGCUUCGCAGGUUUCCGGUAUUAUGCGACCCAAGGCUUGAGAUGAAAUGAUGCUAGAGAAUUUCAAAUCUUCAUAAUUUCUUCCUGUUGAUAAAAACCUCAAAGUAGCUACAAGC